AUGCGACCGACAACAGCAUGUUUGGAAUGUAGGAGCGGAAAGCGCAGAUGCGAUCGAGCGGGUGACUCGGCUUGUCUACAAUGCAUCUCUCGAAACUUACGAUGCUCAGCCGCUGCCGCUCCCAAACAGCCACUGCCAACAAAGACGUCCCUUCCUCCCGUUCUUUCGCCUCAUACAUCCAAUGAGCACACCUACUUGGUAGACCUUUACUUCAUCUUCCUACACGACAAACCGCACACGCUGUUUCAUGAGCCCACGUUCAAGGCAAGCGUUGCUGAAGGGACUGUUUCUCAGCCAGUUCUCCUCGCUAUGAUGGGCAUGUCAGCAAGGUUUGCCACACAGCCAGAAGUUGUUGCGCUUGGCGUUGUGUAUCGGAAAAAGGCAUGUGCAGCACUAAAGGAUGACCUUGAAAACAUAUGUAUCGAGAACGUGCAAGCCUGCAUAUUGGUUGGAAAUAACUUCUUCGGAGAUGGCGAUGCAGAUGCUGAAUCGUUGUACUUUGGAUUGGCUAGUCGAAUGACUCAGAUUCUAAAACUCGGAUCCUACGAUGAGAUGGACGACGGUGUUACACGCGAAGUCAAAAGACGAAUAUUCUGGACGUGCUUCAUAAUUGACACAUGGGCCAGUGGAGGCUCCAACUUGUCACGGCAGUUCAAGUGGCAAGCGAACCAACCACGAGCGCCAAUGGACGAAUAUGUCUUUUUCAACAUGAAAAAAGGAGAUGCUGACAUUGAAGACUCCGAAUGGAAGCCUGGACUGUGGGCUUACAUGGUCAAGCUUGUCGAGAUAUACACCCAGAUACAACAUCUCCACCAAGAUCUUGCGGACACGGUUGAUUGGGACGAGCAUUCGAUAGAGGAAACGGUACAACGUCUUGAGGCUGAGCUUGGGGCUUUCGAAGAGACUGUUGGUCCAGGCCUGAUGUUCACAAGGGAGAACCUGGAAGUAUUUAUCGGUCGUGGCUUGGGUCGUGUGUUUGUGGCCUUCCACCUUGGCUACCACCAUUACUACACAUUAUUGUUCUACCAUUAUCUGGACCACCGAAGACCGCCUACGAGAAACGGAAAGAAGUAUGCAGACUCUUGCAAAGCACAUGCUUCUACGGUUUGCGACAUCCUGAAGGCUUCCCGAGAAGUUCCCGGCGCUGAAGCAUUGUACAAUAUUGUUGGACAUGUCACUAUUGUAUCGUCGUCUGUACUGCUUCAUACCUAUCUUUUUGGAGAGUCACAUGAAUUUGAAGAUUCUCGGGAACGACUUGGAUCAAACCUCGAGUCGUUGGUACAGCUCCGAAGUUAUUGGCCUAGUGUUGAGAGGAUGAUUGGUCGACUGGUGGUAUUCCAGAAGCAUUGUAUGAGAUCGAUAAGCACAGAGUCAUAUCGAUUUGACAAGUGGAUGGUCAAGUUUCUGAUCGCUCACGCCCUGGAGCUCGAGGACAAGGUUGACGAUAGUUGGGAUGGGUCUCACGCCGGUUCAACGGGUGGAGAUGUGAAUUUGGAACGAGGCCGAAUUACUCAAGCCAUGAUUAUGGACAUCCAAAAUUAUGGCUUUGACGGUGAAGGCUGA